AUGAUGGUACGCUUACUUGUGGUUGCUGUGUUCAGCUUGCAUGCGCAUGGAUUAGGGUUGUUGCGAGGGGGUUUUGGGCCGGCGGACUUGGAUACCGAAGCCCAAGCUCCCCUACACAACUACCGGCUAUCUGAGCAUGGUCGCGUUGCCAACGAGAAGACGUCACUUACCCUUCUCUACCAGAAUAAUUUGAACUCGUCCGACGAUCAGAAUCAUGCUGGGGCGAUUCUGCUGGACCCUACGGGACAACAUGACCUUCGCGAUGCAUGCGAAGAGAUUGGAGAGACCAUGAUCUCCCUUUCCACAAUCAUGGAGUACAAAGAAGACUUCCUGAAUAUAUUUUCAUACCAUUUUUAUGUCAGAAACCAGACAGAGAAGAUCGAACAAGAGCGGUUCUACAUUCGAAAUGGGGUGCUGAUUGUUAAGGAUGGUGAUGAGCACUUUGAACAUCACCCUUUUCCUUCUCGAAACGUCCAGCUUCCCGUGUUGUGUACGCAAUCGAGUAGUGGCGGCGGCGAAAGACGCGACAGGGAUGCACAGCGGCAAUUGAUUCGAGUCAACUCCGAGAGCAACACGUACAUAGGUUCCCGAGAUCGAAAGUCAUUCCGUUUCUUGGGGAUCCCAUACGCUGACUCUCCGACCCGGUUCUCUUACGCGAAACCGUAUUCCGGCAAGUUUCACACUAUCGAAGCUACGGAAUAUGGUCCUAGUUGUGUGCAGUUUGCCGGUGGAAGCGAGAACUGCCUGUACCUCAACAUCCAGACACCAUAUAUCCCGAAGAAGAACUCCACGCUUGGUCUGCGGCCCGUGUUAUUCUGGAUCCAUGGUGGUGAUUUCACUGCUGGGACAGGUUCGGACCCUGUGACAGAUGGUGGAAAUCUUGCGUCGCGGGAGGACAUAGUCGUCGUGACGUUUAAUUAUCGACUCUCGACGCUGGGAUUUUUAGCGGUUCCAGGGACAGACAUCCAAGGGAACUAUGGCAUUGCAGAUCAGCUCCUUGCUCUUGAGUGGACAAUCAAACAUAUCGCUCAAUUUGGUGGUGAUCCUCGACAAAUCACGAUAAUGGGCGAAGGAGCAGGGGCUAGUUCAGUAAAGGCCCUCUUAAGCUCGCCGCAUGCACGGGGCAAAUUCCAAGGUGCCAUUGCAAUGUCAGACGUAAAAGACGGCGUUCAUAUUGUGCAUGUACCCGGCGAAGCGCCAAAUAACUCCUACCUAAGCAUCUUGGAACUAUACCAAACAACCGGCCAGAAGGUUUUUUCCGAGGCCCGCUGCGAGGGCACGACUGAGCAGCAGAUAUCAUGCUUAAGGGAGCUUUCUGCGUUUACCCUUGUCACCUUGCCAACAGUUGCACGCCAUGUCGUCCAGGACGGAAAAUACAUAGACACACCAGGCCUUGACCACGGUGCAGAACAUGCAGACAUCCCAGUCAUGUUCGGCAACACCGUCGAUGAAGGCGCUUCUUUCAUCCAGUACCCCUCCACCGACAUCAAAACCGAACUUGACGGAAUCCAGGAACCCCUGGACCUCAGCACAACCCAAGCCCUGAGGAUCCUGGACUCGAACCACUUCCCCAGUCCGAACACAGGCAAUAUAACACUCGACUCCUUCACAAUUGCACAACGCAUAGCAACAGACGUCAAAGUCCGAUGUCCCAAUCAAGCCGCUAUAUAUGCAGGCGUCUCAUCCGGUAAAAUCAAGCCCUCAUACUACUACCAAAUGCAGCGGACAAUGGGCGGAGUCGACCCAAACAAUAUCGGCGGACCACCACCAACACCAGACUCUCCAAACGGAGACCCCCAACUCCCUUACUUCCGCCUCCACGGCUCAGACCUGCCUUUCGUCUUCGGCAACCUCGACACAAUCCGGGACCCAUCAGACCUCUACGCCGCGCAGCUUAUAUCGUCCUAUUUCGCGGAAUUCGUACGAUCCGGACAACCGAAUCCUGAUGCCAAAUACCUGACUGCGCGCGGCUAUAAGAGAACACUCAAAGCCCUCCGGGCCUUUGGGCCUUGGGAGCCGGUGCACAACGCUAGCGGCCCAAUUCAGAUGCUAGACUUCCCUAGUCAGAAUGCGCCCUUCCAGGACCUAGAGCAGUGCGAGUUCUUAGGGUUUCCCGAUAACGUCUUAGCUUGA